GGCUCGUGUUACCACAGCAACCAAGAAGCGGAGGCUUUCAUGGCUGGUUGGUUGUGCUCAUCAUGCGGUGCUCUGUCCGGAGUAUCUCUGGAAUUACAAUGGAUAUUACAAGAGGAAGCCUAGAUGAAAUUUCAAGGCCAUCUUCUAGCUCAAGAAUUAAUCACAGAAGCAGAGUUUUAAGCGCAUCCCUAGAGAAAUUAACACCAGAGUCAGGCAUCCCUAAGGUUGACUAUUCCCUUGAUCUUCACCAUAAUUCCACAGAAGAUGGUUCAAAAGAUAAUGAUGAAUAUGGAGAGGAACAUAAAGUAAAAAACCCAAAUGCUUCAAAUGGAAUAUCUGAAGGAAAAACAAACUGUACUUUGCAGCAGUUGAUACAGAAAUCAACUCAGGUGGAAGGCCCAGCAGAUUUUGAAGAUGACUGUGCAGAAAGCAAGGGUUCCGAUUACAGCAAUUCUUCUCAGGAUAAACAAACUAAAUUGCAAACAGCUAAGCUGGAAUAUUCUAAAGAGAGCAAUGUGGACCCUCUCAUACAACAAGCCAUAGAGAAGAUGAAAAGGUUGGACCAGAUACUGGCAAACAAACAAUCUCAAGAAAAGGCAAUUAAAAAACAAGGGAAAGAGAUGAGAAUAAAACUGUGGGAAGAACUUCAGUCUAUGACAUCUCGAAGUUCCUCAGUGAGUGCUGAAGAGGUUGAAAAUUCCAGCAGGUUUUUAGCUUUGGCCUCUGAAACAUCUAAGCCUGCUGCUGUUGAUGAAGAUGAAAUGUUUACUGGUGUAUUUCACACACAGAUUAAUUCAGAAAAUUAUGAGUCCAGAGGAAAUCCAGUUAAGAAAGGUUAUUUAAAUGCAGAGAGAUCAAGAAGCUCAAUGAAGAAAACAGAAAAUAUGCAUCAGAAAACUGAAACAAGUUCAAAAAAACCUCACAAUUUUAUUAAAAAGAACAUAGAGUUGGUCAAGGAGUUUGGGAACCAUGUGGUUAUGAUGGAGGAAGAGAAGAAGAGGUUAUCAGAAUUAAUGAAAGAUACUGAAGAUGAGAGCAGGGAAGUGCAAGUUCUUGAGGGAGAAGCAACUGGAUGGUUAGUACCAGGCGAAGGAUACACUCCUGAACCAAUGGAAUAUCAUUAUCUCACCGAACUUGAGGCUAAACUCAAAAUAAUAAUCACAGAUGGAGAUUUUCCUGCUAUUCAAAGCUCUCUUUCUAAAGUCCCCAAACAGAUUUAUCAGGAGUCUCUGGCUUAUGCGAAUAGGAAGCUAGAAACUGUUCCAGGUGAAAAGGUUUUCAGAGACACAAAAGAAGGGUAUAAUCAGCAAAAGCGGCUCGAAGAGAUUGAUCAGCAGCUGAAAAACCUGGAAACGACUCCAGAUGUACAGCCUACUGUUUCCAAAGAGCAACUUAACACCCUUCUGGAACAGUAUAUGCAAUCUCAAAGAACCAGACUUGCCCUGCCAACAUCUGAAGGAUCAUUUUUUGAUGGAAUGAACCCUGAUUUUGACCAGUCUGAAAACAUUACUCAAGACUCCAGGAAUGGUCUAUUAGAGGACACUUAUGGUGUGGUAAUGCUGAGGAAGCAAAACAUGGUUGAAACUAUGGAUAAAGGUGUAUGCUCAAAGGAAACAAUAGAAACUGCUGGCUGUAAUGACAGUAAGGCAUUGGUUGAGUCUCACUUGUCAGAGGAACCUGUGACUGAGAAAAAAGAAAAUGAUGACCAAGUAGUCCAGCAGGAGAUGCUGUGUACUAGUAAUCCUGCAGGGUACUUCAUGUCAAUAGCCCUCAGCACAGGCAAGCCGAAAAAGCCCUCUUUUCUUGAUGAACCUUUUUAUUGUACCAGCAUGAACAAUGAGUUAUCCACAGAUGUCGACAUUCCUAGCAUGCCGUUGAAAACCAGAGGAGGUGAGGUUCUUAAUAAACCUGUGGAAUAAGCUUUUGAUUAUGAUUUUAAAAACCAAAGCAACUCUCACUAAAGGUAUGCACUAACAUAUUAUGAUUACACUAGUUGGGCAAAAAGGUCUUUCAUAAGGCAUAAAACUAUGCCAGAAAUAACACAGAAUUUCAAAAUGUUUCUGACAUUCUUGAACUGACAUAAAUAGCUGAGAGAUUAGUUAUCUUCGUAAAAGUACUGAAAUAAUGAUUUAUUAUGUCCGGCCACACUAAAGUUGGAUAGACAUAUAAAUUAUCUCUUUAAUAAUAGGCAAACAAUGUUUCUUUUCUUCCUUCUGUUGAUGAAGAGCUCAAAAGGUCAAGUGACAGUGUUUCUUUUAACAGAAUAAGCUGAAGACUAGAAAAGCAAAGCAAUGGGCAACAUAAACCUACGAUACAAAACAAAAUGUGUCACUUCAUACGUAUAUGAAUAUGCAGGUAUCCUGUGAACCAGUUGUAUACAUUGGUCAAGUGUGAUUCUCUCUGGGUAUGUUAAUACCCACUGAAUACUCAUCAGAAGUUUUGACUUUUUUUGUUGACUACAACUUGCAUAUGAUUCCAAAGUGUGUUAAUAAUGGCCCUGUGGAACUAAAUCAGUGAAAAAGUAUCAGACAUUCCACUAUUAAUAAUUUUGUGCAUCUAAUAAGCAAUAAUAACAACAACAACAAUAAUAACAAUUAUUAUGGACACUCCUUUGUCGUGGGGAAGGGGCUUGCAUGCAUCGAUGAUGUUGGGAGCUAUGCUGGAGGUAUGCUACCAGAAGGGUCUCCCAAGUCAGUCAGGUCUCAACCGAGAAACCAGACUAAGAGUGUCCACCAACCCAUACAAUAUGGUGAUACAAAUGAAAAAUAAUUCCAUACUGCAUUGGUCAUGGCGUGGGUUAACAAGGGCUGAGUCACAUGCUGAGGUCUCUGGGCAUGUGUCGACAAGUGGGCUACAAGUGGACCAACCAUCAAAAAGAAAGAAGUAUAGUGCACAAGAAAAUUGUGCCAUCAGGGCCUUUGCUACAAGUCAGAGCCAGAAAAAAGAGGAUACUUGAAGUGGAUGUAUGAAUUGUGGAAACAACACUACCUGGAUUCGAAUAUCACUGAACAAAAUGAGAAGGUCAAGCUCUUGUGGGACUUUUGAAUCCAAAUGGAUAAAGUGUUGGCACAUAAUGCACUGGAUAUCACGAUGAUCAACGACAAGGAAGUGACCAUCAUUGACAUAGCACAGGGAGGAGCUUUAACACCUUCUAAAAGCUGUUUUUAAUGUUUUAAUGUUGAUUGUGCUUUUUGCUUUUGCUGUUUUAAAUUGUA